UGGCAACUUUGCCUCCGUCUCCUCAGCUGGCCUCUGAGGCUGGAGUGUUGGUGGCCAGUUGUGACGACCAGGGAGAGUCCGGGGGGGGCAACGGAGAACUGUCUGAGGAGUGCUCAAGUAAACCACAGUGAAAUAUUGACAAGUUUUCCUACAUGCGAGGCCAUUCAUUUUAAAUAACAGUGUCGAGUGCUAUUCCCUGGUGAACAGGCGGCCUCUCAAGGCGCACGUAUCAACGCAGAGGGUCUGAGGCGUCAUCAAAAGGCAGCACCAACGCGAGCAGUUUGCCAGACAGACGGUUAUCUUCCUCAUCAGCUCUGAGCUCAAUGCUUGCAUCCUCAUCUUCAGCCACUAGUGUGAGAUCAUGGCGAUCGUCCCAGGGACCUCACCGGGUUUUUGUCCCCCACUCCCCCGUGGACCUGCAGCCGGGCCACCGGGUCAGGGUCAUGCUGCCGUCCGGUCGGAUCAGCACAGGCACGGUUCGUUUCCUGGGCCACCUGCAGGGGGAGGCAGAUCUCCACCUCGGCGUGGAGCUGCAGACGCCUGACCAUGGACGACAUGACGGCAGCCACAGGGGCCACAGUUACUUUGAAUGCAUGCCUGGAUAUGGAGCCUUUGUACCAUUCCACAAACUGCUGAUGGCCUGGGAAUAGACAAAAAUACAUCCACCACAGAAUAGUGGACCAACCGAUCAGAGGACAGCAGUUACUGUCAUUGAUCCGAUACCUUAUUACAAUGAGGUGCAUUUUUGUAUCAAAGUACAUGCAUAAAAAUGUGCAUGUUGUGUGUCUUGUGUCUGAAUUGAAUCACACGUGUAAUUGCUAUUCACAAUUUAAAAAAUAUUUACAAUUUCAACAAAUAUAGUGACGAGGCACUGUGUGUAGCUUGGGCAGGCUAUUAGAGUCACAAAGUGUAAUGGACAAAAAUGUGCCUCGGUCUCACGGAGAAUGCAGAAUUUCAAACGCGAAUUCCGGCCUGGUUGUAAAAACAAACAAAAACGUGAACAAACAAAAAGAAUGGCAACUGUAUGGCAGUUAAAAACCUGUUGAGCGCAAAGCAUUUUUUCUUGCUCUGAAUGACGUCCAAGUAUUAGCCUAAAGGGAGUCUCACUCUGAGCAAAUAGCUGUAAGUCAGUGCUUGCCAAACUGGGGAGUUAUAAAGAAAAUGUAUAUAUGUAGGGCAGAUAAAGCUAAAUAUAAAUGAUACAUGGUUCUGUACGGCUUGCAAAGAGUGGGGGUUGGGGCAAGUUUGUGUAAGGACUUCCAACGUAAAAGCAGACGAUGAAUUUAAAAACAAAUGACUCAACAAAACAAAGAAAGAAAAAAUGAUGGGCCAUUUCUUGCCCUCGGUUCCACCAGUACAACAGUGGGUGAUGAGGAGACAUCGCAGUGCGAAGCCAAACAAGUUCAGACACCAUCUGUAUGUAGAUUUUUAC